GUUGCUUCUGCUGGGUUCGAAGAGAUUGGCGUCAAUUAAAGUUAAUCCCCUAUGUUUGCUUUCAUUUUAUAAUCAAAAUUUUUGAAGUUCUCAGUGAUAUUUAAUUUCUAGUGGCUUUCAUUUAUAUCGGAUUAAUACUAUAUUCAAGUAAGCAAAAGAAAUAAAUAUCUUCAUAGUUAUGUGUUCAAAAGCAUUAAAAAACAUAGCGCGUAAGAAGAAUUUAAACUACUAUAUUUGAUCGUUUUAAUUUAUUUCAAACGAAUUUAAAGCUACACUAAAACAUAGCCUGGAAUUUUUAAUAAACUUUUGUAAAAGAUUGAUCGAAUCGGACUGGACUACUUACAAUCAUAUGAUAAAAUAUUUGCAUUAGAAUAUCAUCACUGUAUACUUGGUGAACUUAUUUUUUUCUUAUUUUUUUUAAGCAGAAGAUAAAUUAUUGCAUUUGACACUAUCCUCUAGUUUUAUAAUUAAUUGGUGUACUUGAGAACUUACACGUAAAAGGGUCAAAGCAAUAUUGGCCCCAGAGUUUUAAUAUUCAAACUUGGUCUUGAAGUUUCGAUUUAAUGAAAGAAGGAUAUGCGGAAGAAAGUUGAAAAAUUUAUUCUAUUUAUAGUAAUUAGGCUGUGAUACGAAAAUAAAAUUAAAGUUAUUAUAGAGUAAGAUGCUCAUCAAAAAGUCAUUAGAAAUGAGCCAUUCUGUGGAAGACUUAUAUUAGUUUAUUCCAAAAUACUGGAAAUUUAGAAAUGGGUGAAUUAAAGUUUAGAAUGUUUAAAAUUUUAAGCCCCCUUUUUUCUCUCUGAAAUUUAUGUCAUUGCUUAAUAAAGCUAAAAAAUAUUGUUCUGAAAAAUUUCGAAAUUUUACGAGUUCUGAAAAAUAGAAUAAGAAUAUGCUCCGAAAAAGACUCAUCACUGUUCUCGCAUUAAUUACUGUAAUGCGUUCUUUUGGUAUUGGCCAAGAUAUGGACAGCGUUCCGAUACGUUUAGCAGUUCUUGCUCCAGGAGACGAAUCCCAACCAUUUGCUUUGCAUAAAGUUGUGCCCGCUGUCCGGUACGCUGUACAAACAUUAGUUCGUCAAGGUGGGCGGCCUAUGGAGGUACUGCAUAGAGAUACACAGUGUUCCUCCACGUAUGGCCCCUUGGCUGCAUUCUCUUUAUACAAUUCGGGCUUAGCUGAUGUCCUUCUAGGGCCACUGUGUCCUUACGUUUUAGCACCAAUUGCCAGAUAUUCAGCUGUUUGGGAAUUACCUGUCCUCACGGCAGCGGGUCAAAAUGACAAUUUCGAUUUCAAAGAACCUCAUUAUCGUUUGCUGACUCGAAUGAACGGAUCAUAUUCUCAGAUAGGGCUAAUCUUCCUCCAGGUGCUUAAGAAGUUUAAUUGGAACAUCGUGGCUCUCAUUUUCCACAACUUCGAUGACAGAACUAUUGGAAACUCCAACUGCUAUUUCACCCUCGGGGCAGUUUAUACUGCCUUAGGCAGAAAAUCCUACUACAAAGAUUUUGAUGAAACUAAUCCUAAUGUGGAUUACAAAGCAAUGUUGAUAGAAGUUUCACAGAAAGCUAGGGGUAUUAAUGCUGAAUUUGAGGUGACUGAAGAAUUAGCUUUUUCGAAUAGUUUGCGAGAAAUAGCUACUGGUGAAGCUAUCUUCAAAGAAGUGGAGAAAAUGCUAACACAGUACAAUUUUCAGUAG